ACAUAACAGUCAAGUUUGUGUGAAGAUUAGCUAACCACCUGGGCUGAACUCAGCAGCAGCAGCAGGAGCACAGACUGACUGAGCCUCGCAGGUGUAGUUUAAUAAAAACACCUUGUCAGUAUCCCGGAUAUCAGACAGGUCCCUCAGUUCUCUAACGGUGUAAUACAACCGUCUGUUUUGAACCAGCGUAAACCGGAGCUGACAUGCGAACGUAGCCGUUAGCAAGCGAGCCAGGCCGAGGAGAGCUGCCUGGCUGUAUCCUUCAUCCAGACAGGAGCAUAAAUGUUUCACACAAGACACAUUACCGAGUUUGUCGACGCCGGAGAGGAUGCGCAAGGACGUGAGGAUAUUGUUAGUGGGGGAGCCCAAAGUGGGGAAGACCUCUCUCAUCAUGUCCCUGGUCAGCGAGGAGUUCCCAAAUGUGGUUCCCUACCGAGCUGAGGAAAUCACCAUACCUGCAGAUGUGACACCAGAGAGAGUUCCCACACAUAUUGUGGACUAUUCAGAGGCCGAGCAGACAGAUGAGCAGUUGUUUCAGGAGAUCUCCAAGGCAAAUGUGAUUUGCAUUGUCUACUCUGUCAACAACAAGAAGUCCAUAGAAAAGGUGACGAGCCACUGGAUCCCCCUCAUUACUGAGAACACAGACAAGGACAGCAGGGUUCCUCUGAUCCUGGUGGGGAACAAGUCAGACCUGGUGGAACACAGCAGCAUGGAGACCAUACUGCCCAUCAUGAACAGGCACAGUGAAAUAGAGACUUGUGUGGAGUGUUCAGCGAAGAACCUGAAGAACAUCUCAGAGUUGUUCUACUACGCUCAAAAGGCAGUCCUGCACCCCACAGGUCCUCUCUACUGUCCAGAGAAAAAAGAUAUGAAGCCACUUUGUGUCAAAGCCCUGACUCGAAUCUUUAAAGUGUCUGACCUGGACAAUGAUGGGAUUCUCAAUGACAAUGAGCUCAACUUCUUCCAGAGGACUUGCUUCAACACCCCGCUAGAGUCUCAGGCGUUGGAGGAUGUAAAAAAUGUGGUGAGGAAGAAUUUGAGUGACGGAGUGUGUGACAAUGGACUCACUCUGAAAGGCUUCCUGUUCCUCCACACUCUGUUCAUCCAACGAGGUCGCCAUGAAACAACGUGGACAGUGCUGAGGAGGUUUGGGUACGACGACGACCUGGAGUUAAAUCAGGACUACCUCUUCCCUCCGUUGAAAGUUCCUCCAUGCUGCACCACGGAGCUCAACCACAAUGCCUACCUCUUCCUCCAGAGCGUCUUUGACAAACAUGACAAGGACCGUGACUGUGCCUUGUCACCAGAGGAGACGGGGGACCUGUUUGAUGUUUUUCCGUACAUGCCCUGGGGUCCAGAUGUCAAUAACACAGUUUGCACUAAUGACCAGGGCUGGAUCACCUACCAGGGAUAUCUCUCCCAGUGGACGUUAACAACGUAUCUGGAUGUCCAACGAUGCCUGGAGUAUUUGGGUUACCUUGGUUACUCAAUAAUUGCUGAGCAGGAGUCCCAAGCAGCAGGAAUUACAGUGACCAGAGAUAAGAAGAUUGACCUGCAGAAGAAGCAGACCCAGCGCAGCGUCUUCCGCUGUAAUGUCUUCGGAGACAUUGGCAGCGGCAAGAGCGGCUUCCUCCAAGCCUUCCUGGGUCGAAACCUCAUGCGCCAAAAAACAAUUAGAGAGGAGCACAGAUCCUACUAUGCCAUCAGCACAACCUAUGUUUACGGACAGGAGAAAUACCUUCUUCUUCAUGAAGUGUUCCCUGACUUCGACUACCUGUCUGAUGCUGAUCUGGCCUGUGACAUUGUCUGCUUGGUCUAUGAUGUCAGCAACCCGUACUCCUUUGAAUACUGCGCCAAAGUCUUCAAGCAAUACUUCAUGGACAGCAAGAUUCCAUGUAUGAUGAUAGCGGCAAAGUCAGAUCUACCAGAGAUUAAACAGAUGUACGGCUGCAGUCCGCUGGAGUUCUGUAGGAGGCAUAAGAUGCCACCUCCCCAGUCCUUCACCUGUAACACAGCAGCAGCACCCAGCAGAGACAUCUACACCAAACUUACUACUAUGGCCAUGUACCCCCACGCCCGGCUGCGCUGUAUGUGCACUUGUAACCGGUGCACCUUCUGCAUGUGUCAGAACUUCCUCAACUCUGAGCUGCUGCAGACGGUCAGGGCCAAACUCUACGCUGUUGUACUCCGAAGCAGACAUGUAAGCCAAACAGACCUGAAGAGCUCGACGUUCUGGCUCAGAGCAAGUGUCGGGGCCACGGUGUUUGCAGUGCUGGGCUUCGCCAUGUACAGAGUGCUGCUCAAACCACGGUGAUCCUCGGGACACCCUGGUCCAACCUUCUUCACCCCAUGGUACAUAUAGAGCUAUUUUGACCUGUCACAGCAUUAGGCUUACCCACUUGGUAUUUAAUCUA